AUGGAUAGCGGUAAUACUGCUCUGCGUGUGUUUCAUAUACCGGAAAGUCUUGACUAUCGCAACCUAUUAAGACCACCAGGUCAAGAUGAUGCCGACCGUCUGGAUGCCAGCGAAGCUGAUGAUCCAGAAUCUUGGUCGUCUGUAGAUGCAGAAGCUGCACUGAAUACGGUUAAUGCUGCAACGUCAAGGACACCGCAAGAUACACUCGAGCUCUUGACACGCGAGGUAUUCUGUAACGCAUUCAACCUAUCACGCCACUUUGCUAAUAUUCAAAGACAGCUACAGACAUCAGUGGCACAGUCAUUCGUUGCUAUGUGCAGCCGUGUCCAUGAUAUAUUAGAAAAGGUACCUCCAAGUCCAUAUUUUAGCAGCUCAGAAGCGGCAAGUAACAAAUCAUAUCUUGAAGUGGAGACUAAAGUUGUUGCAUUAAGAUCGGGAAAUGGUCUUGCAAAUGAUAGCUGCGAAGCAGAUGCUUUGAUGGUAAAGCCUAGCGAUAUGGGACAAGUGCUACGAUCACUAUGCCAUAUGUGUGUUUUCCUGGUUUGUACAACGUUCCGCUGCUCACUAGCAACGCAAAAGGAUAAUGAUAAGACAGCUUUCCCAGCGGAUAUCUCAGCAACAAAAAGGAGCAAGAGCGGUCGUGGAGGUGUUCGUCGUAAAAAAACGGAAGAAGAUGGUAAUGUGAAUACCGUAGCUCUCGAACUUCUGGUGGAUGCCAUGCUAAUCAUCACGCGUAUAAAACUUAGGGUCCCAUUCUCAGGUGAAUAUGGUGGUAUGGGACGACCUGAUCCGCCACUAUUGAGAUUACUCCUGGACACAUUGAUGCUAGCAAUGGGAUCGCCAGUGGCCACAUCAAAUAAUGAAAAACUGGUUGAUGCUACUUCACGCUUAAUAGAUCUAAACUACAGAAUAAUGCAAGAUAGAUUGGAUGUAUCUAGGGAUAAAAGGCCUAUGGAAACUAAUAGCGAUGAUGAAAAUGAUGCAUCCAAUACUUCGCCACUGAUGUCAUCAAGAACUGUUGAUAGUUGUGCGGACGCUGCAGCAACAACGACGGAUGCCGAAAGAGUAGACGCUGAAUGGUUGGUGACGUUAUCGGAGGAAGUGAAAAAAGGACAUAGCGUCAUGAUUGCCGAUGCCCUUGCGAUACUCCAGGAAUUAGAUAUACCAACUCUUGUGGUAAAAGAGAUACUUCUAUCGGUCAGGGAUGGGUUUGUGUUACAGGUAUCAGGAGGAACGGUACAAUUGAUGAGUUGGUCGAUACAAACCGAAUAUGCCAAUGUAGGUUCCUUUGUAGAACGUGUUGCUCGCAAGUUUCCCUCAGCAAUAGUACGUUGCCUAGAUGAACUGAGAUAUAUGUUCGACGUCCCAUCGUAUAAUCUAAGAAAGUCAAUUAUGGAAUCGGUCAAGUUGCUAAUCAUAAUGGCGAAAAAUGAAGAAGAUGACAUGACAGAAGAUAACACCAGUGACCACUAUGCAUCACCAACUGACGCUGUAUUAUGUGCACGUCACCGUGAACGUAUGUUGCAGUUGAUGAUAUCUCGGCAAUAUGAUGCCUAUAUGUAUGCACGAGCGGCGCUAUUAAAAGCUUUCCAGGAUUUGAUAGAAUCGGAGGCAUUGCCUGUUAGAUGGUUCGUACAGACCGCUGCUCUGGCGAUAGCGCGGCUAUUAGAUAGGGGAUCGCAAGUUAGGCAAAGAGCACUGAACCUUUUGACGACAUUGGUACAUGAUGCUACAAAGAAACGAUUCAAGGUACCAUUAAAUACAGAGACUGUGAACAAGGACCUGUCAAUGAUGCACUCUCUAGUGGCGAAACUUGACACUAUAUCUACACUCGAAUCUAACGGAAAAGCGUCGAUAGGUCAGUAUGAAGAGUAUCCAGGGGUAUUGGGGAUAGGAUCCCAAGAAGAUGGCGAUCCAUUGAAGGAACAAGCAAGCGUGGACACUAACACAGAGGUGAAUGAGCAUAGUGAGUCACAGGAUGUGGAGCACAAAAAGCAGACGUUGCUUGAUGAGUUGAAUUCUGAGCUUGGAGACAGCAUAAGCUUGGGUGACAAUGAUGCGCUAGGUAAAUUACGAACAAGAUUAGAGAUAGCCCGGGAAAUGUAUUCUGACGUACAUGAUAUUUCAGAAAAGGUGGAAACGUCGAUUGUUAUAUGUGCUGACCUACUACAAUCUUCUGUAGAAGGUGACCAAAGAGCUGCAAUACGUUACCUUGCUACAUGCCAUUUGAUGGGUGUCACUUCGGCAUCAGCAUUGCUACCAAAGGUGUGGGCGCUAUCUUGGUCAAAUAACCAAAAUGUGGUAGACACGGUACUUCAGGAGUUUAAAAAUGUAUAUUUUGCAGAUGGUGAUGAUACAGCUAUCGCAUGGCGUUUGGUGCAACUUCUUUCAAGCAGCCGUCUGACUGCGUUCGCUUCAAUCGAGAAAAUAUUCGAGGUCAGCAUGGCACGGGAGCAACCUUAUUUUGCUCAUCUGGAUAGAUUGAUGGUGGCGUUGUUACGUAUAGCCCUUGCUCCUAAUUAUCAGUUAGGUCGUGACACGAAUCCACGUGUGGCCUUAGGGGUUGUGCGUUUAUUACUGAAUUCAUCCAUGCGUAGCAGAUCACCUCAAGCUCAAUCUAUACGCCAAUUCGAUGAGAAGCGUAUAAGCGCAAUUUGUGGACUUUUACAACUAUCGUCUGGACAAUCUAGCACCAUUUUUGGUGAAUUGUGCCUUAUCCUGGCAGCUGCUAUGCCAUCCAAACAUGUAGAGGAUGCUGCUGCACAUAUUCUAAAACUUUUUAUCGGGACCUUCGGAUCGAUGGAUGAUGCGUGGUUUCGAAUGGCGCAAUGUGUUGUAGACGUCACUUUCAUACAUUCUAAGUUCCCUGAAAUGGUGUGGUCGCAGAUCCUCAACGAACUGCUGGAUAGUGUCACCAAUGUUACCGAAAAUAAAAAUUCAACAGCAAGACAGUUAGCCCAGGUUAUUUUUCUUGCAGGACAUGUAGCUAUACGUACUAUCAUUAGUAUGGACCGUCUGCAAUCUGAUUUGAAAUCAGCACGAUCCGAACUUGAAUCUCUUGAUGGUGGGAAGUACAACAAUGAUGCUUCUAAUCAGAUGGGUGUGGCUACUAGUGAAGAACAAGAACGUGAACUUUUCGAACAGUUAUGUGAAGGUAACAUCGUAUGUGCCAAUCUGUUGGGCGGCCCUGGGCGCAAUCUCAUUGUUGCCUGUCUACGCAACCCACAGAAAUUGUUGAAAUCAAACACGAAGGGUGUACGACGAGAGAUUGAAGUGUUGAAAACGUGUGCUGCUAUCGCCCUUUGCAAGUUUGCUACCGUAUCCAAACUCUUCUGUAAUUCAGUAUUCCAUCCGGAAGAUGGUAUACCAGCACCGUGUUCGGUAAUAGAGGUAAUCAUUUCUCUCCUUAUGAACAAACGACUGGCUCCAGGAUAUGAUACUAAGGGUUUGACCUCCACGGGACAUAACUACUAUUAUCUGCCAGAGCCUAGUGGCGGUGCUUUAAGGGCUACGUUACUGAUGAGCUAUGGAGAUUUACUGUGUCGCCAUCCCAACCUACUAGAACCAUGGAAUGAUGAGGUCUGUGCAAUAUUGUUGGAUCGAGAUGACAGUGUACGUGAAGCUGCAGUGCUGGUAUUCACUCACUUGGUCAUGAAUGACAUGGUAAAGCCUCGUGGGAAGCUUGUGGAUGCUAUGAUGUACUUGACUCUUGAUCCACAUGUAAAAGUUGCCAAUUGUGCUCGAACAUUCUUCCAUGAGGUACAUAGGAAGAAUCCUAAUACCAUCUAUAACUGUUUCCCAGAAAUGGUCGCUACACUUGCUCGCAAUCGAAGGAGGCAAUCGAUUCAACGUAAUCUAGCGGUGCUGCAGAUGUUAUUGAAGUUUAUAAGGCGUGAUAAACAAGGUGAAUCGAUUGUCGAGAAGGUAUGUCUUCGAUUGCAUUCGACUGAACCCACUAACCGACCCGCUUUAGUGAUGUAUGGUCACGUGCUCAUAAACGUCUGUCAAAAUGAGAAAUGUAUGGCUAAACUAAUUGCAUCUAUCCCUUCCAUAUCAAGGUUAAUCGUGGAAAGCGAUUACUUCUUGGCAACUAUACUACUGGUAUGCAAAAGAGCGAAAUCGGGGAACCAAGGCAGGCGAAGCGCUGAUAACGAACGACCUCCAGAUGGGUCUGCUGAUGGUGCUGAUAUGUCGCAAACAAACCCUAGUGUAUCUUCGGGUACUGCAACUGGUGAGAACGCUAGUAUUAAGGACCUUGCGGAGGAGCUGAUAAUGCGAGUACAUGGCCUUUUCGGUGAAGGAAAGUCAUCACAUGUUAAUCAAACGGCAACAUCGGCAGAGUCAAUCAUCGCUUCCGCUGAGGCAUCGUCGCCCGGAGAGGAUGAGGAAAGCUGUGCUAAUAACCUGUUCAUAAGCGACUUCGGUCUAGUGACGGCGGAAUCUCUACCAGCUCUUAGCGAUGAUGAGUGUGAGUCUUACGCAACACAGGCAGCAGCGCCAUCGCUAACAGCAAAUUGA